AUGAAUUUGAAUGGUGCUUAAUUAUUAAAUUGCAAAUGGAAGAACUUGAAGAUCCAUGAGUUGAAUAGAUUGGAUGGUCUUGAUGGACCUGUUUCAUCAGUUUGUUUCUCUCCUGAUAGAAAUACAUUAGCUUCUGAUAGUAGAGAUACGUCUAUCUGUCUAAGGGAUAUCAAAAACAAGUAUUUUUCAGAUUAUAGAUUUAAAGAAAUUUAGGUUAAAAAUACAAGAUAUCCUUUUUUUAACACCCCUUUGCAGUAAAAGAAUAUUAUUUAAAAUUUAGAUACAUCUAAUAAUAUGGUUUACCCAAACUUCAAUUUUUCAAGGUUUAAGAGAAUUUUUUUAAAAAAACCGUUUCCUUUUAGGAGAAUUAUUGGAGUAGCACUUGA